AUGGCUUCUUUCUCCCUUUACGCCUCCCCCUCGCAACCUCCGCCGCAGCCGCUGCCGCAUGCGAUGCUAGCCUCGCGGACGGGGGAGGCGGCUCCGCCAGCGCCCAUCUCCGCGCAUGCGCGCCGAUCCGCGCACGGGCAGCCUGGGCCACGUGGCCCGCCAUGCGCGCCGCCGUCGUUCGGCGAGCCGUGCAAUGCGGCGUGUUUCGCGGCGGUGGGAAGCAACCCAGCCACGGCUCCUGUGGGCGCGUGGUGGGACCUUGCGCGCUGCCCCAUUCCGACAAACGUUCCGCCAAACUUUCCGCUAAACCUUCCCCCGAACAUUCCGCCGAUCGUGCCCCCCGGUGAAGUGGCGGGGCGGCUGCGCGCGGCGCUGGCGGCGCAGCACCGCCACGGGCCGCUAUCCGUGCACGCGUUCGAAGACAUGACGCGAUUGGAUCCGCAAAUCGCGGAGGCGCUGAGCACGUCCUGCGUGACUCUCCACCACGUGCCGUCAGGAUCCACGUCAGCAUCCGCCUCGGCAUUCGCUCCAGUAUCCGCGAACGACGCAGCGCUUCACAUUUCAAGCUUCCAGUCUAGAAUUCAGCCUUCUAGUAACGACGAGUCUAGGAGGCAAGCCGGCACGAGUCUAGGCGUGGAUAAGGCUGUGCUGACGGCGAUGCUUCUCUGGGUGGUAGACCACCCUCCCCCCGCUUCCGUGUUCCUCGUCUCCUCCGACGCUGGCGCCGCCCCCGCGUUGCACGGCAUCCGAUUCCGAUCGUACGACGUCCUCCUAGCCGCGCCGCUAACGACGCUGCUAGCUGCACCGACCUACCCCCCCGCGUCUUGCGAUCCGCAUUCCGCCUCCGCCUCCGCCUCCGCCUCCGCCUCCGCCUCCUUCCCGUCCGCUCACCCGCAGCUCGCAUCGCUCAUGUCCGCCGCGACCAUCACGUGGGACUGGAUCAAGCUGCUCCGCCCCCCGCCGUCUCCUUCCCCCUCACGCGCACCCUCUCCAUUCCCCCCUGCCCCACGCAACCAUCAAAUUCCCGCCUUCUCUUCCGAGCCCUCGUUGCUUCACCCUCACGCGCCCUUCGCCGCCGCACAGCCUGGUGGGGCGCAUGCGCCUUCCGCCGCUCCGCUCCCUGCUUCCGUCCCCCACUAUGCCCCUCACCCCGCCGCUCACCCCGCUGCUCAUCCCUCCGCGCAUCCCUCCGCUCAUAUGGCACACCCUCCUGCGCAUGGGGCGCACGUGGCGCACAGGGCGCAGGGGAGAGCAACAAUGGCACCAAGCGUUCUCUCAGGAAUCCCUGCAGCAGGCGAGGCAGAUCCCCGCGCUACUGUUCAAGUGAGUGCAGCAUGGGGUCGGGAGGGAGUGGAGGGAGGCGGGCAGUGGCAGUGGCAGGCGCAGCAGCCGCAGCAACAGCAGCAACAGCAUGAGCAGCAGUGGCAGCAGCAGCAGCAGCAACAGCAGCAGGAUGCUGUAUGGCAGGCAAUGUCUGAAGAGCAGCAGAAGGGGAGCAUGUGGGGUGCGCAGAUAGCGCAGCAACAGGGGCUAGAGGAGAAGGACGAGGAUGAGGAAGAGGAGGAAGAGGAGGAAGAGGAGGAAGAAGGGGAAGAGGAGGAAGAAGGGGAAGAAGAGGAGGAUGAAGAGGAGGGGGAGGAGCAAGAGGAGAUAGGGAAUCAAGUGCAGGAACAGCAGCCGUGGGGCUCAGGUGCUGGCGCUGGUAGUUCUGCUGGUGCGGCAACAGCAGAAACCAUAAACGGCACACUCAUAGGCGCCAGCACAACAGGAGGCGGGGCUUGUGGCGAGGCUACCACAGUAGGUGCACCACCGACAAUGGCGACAACAUCAAUGGGCGUGCCCACAGGCAAUGCUGCUGCGGUGGUAGGAGCUAGCAGUGGGUCGGCUCCAGGCAGCGCUGCCAGCAGCAGCAUUGGCAAUGGAGUUGCCAUUCCAUUGCCAUUGGCUGUCAGCGGGGUUACCAGCGGGGUUACCAACGGGGUUAUCAGCGGCGUUGUGGCCCCUCCGGCACCGACAGGGUGGGGUACCCCUCCAGCCUCCCCUCCGUUCAAGCCUCCGCCUCCUCUCCCUCCCUCCGCCACUACUUGGGACACUGAUCCUGUUUCCACCACCUCUUGGGACCCUCCUCGACCCGCUCGCCCCCCUGCUGCUGCUGUUUCUGCUUCUGCUGCUGGGGCUGGUGGUGCUGCUGCUGCUGCUGCAGCGCCUUCUCCGUCCCCUGCUUCCGCUGCCACCGUCCCUGCUACUAGCGCUGGUGCGGCUGGUGCUGCAGCUGCCCCAUGGGCAUUAGAAAGUGGCAGCAAGGCCGCGAGGGAUCAGAAGCCUGGAGGAGGAACGGGUUGGGGAGACGGAGAGGGGACUGCGGAUGGGAGGAGUGGAGGGAAUGCGGGGGGUUGGGGCAGUGGAGGGGGGAUGAAUAUGCCCCCAGACCGCUGCAACGUGCUGGGGCGGAUCAAGGAGCGCCUCCGCUCCUCCCGUGCAGUCGGCGCAGCAGCAGCAGCGGCAGUGCAAGAGGAGGCUGAAGCGCUGCUAACCCGCGCCCUGCAAAGUGGGGAGGUCGUGAGUGCGUUCGCGCACGGUAAGGGACUUCAGAAUGCCGGGGGUGGUGGGGCCGGGAGGGGCGUGCGUGUGCUGCUGCCAAAGGAGCUAGUGGGGGGGAGUGGAGGGGGGGGGGGCGAGGGGUGUACAGGCGAGGGAGGCGGGUGCUGGGAGUUCUAUGAUGCGAGCAGGGAUGUGGAUGUGCUUGGAGCAGACGUGUGGGAAGCUUUUGGACGGUUCCUGGCUUCUGCUGACGGGGAGGCUGAGAUGAAGAAGAGCAAGAGCAGUUCCUCUCUUCGCCAUUACUAA